AUGGACGUGAAUUCCGCGGUGGCCACGAUCGCGUACAUGAGCCCCGAGAGGAUCGGCACCGCUAUCAACAGGGGCUCCUACGACGGGUACGCGGGGGACAUAUGGAGCCUCGGGGUCAGCGUGCUGGAGGUCUACCUGGGCAGGUUCCCGUUCGGGGUGGCCGGCGACUGGUCCAGCCUCUUCUGCGCCAUAUGCAUGGCGAAGCCGCCGCAGGUGCCGCCCUCCGCGUCGCCGGAGCUCAGGCAUUUCGUGACGUGCUGCUUGCAGAGGGACCCGGCGAGGAGGUGGACGGCGGAGAAGCUGCUCCAGCACCCGUUUAUUUUGAUGAGCAUGGAGAAAAUAAAAGAUGAAGCUGGACAGCAGCCAGUAGACAUGGAAACCUCAGAUAGGAAUUAUGCAAUUGCAGCUGUUCAGAAUGUAGUCGGAAUUGAUGAUCGUGCAAAACAAAUCACCAACUUACUGGAGAUGGAAGUCAAUGACGAGGUGCGCAUUAUUGGAAUCUAUGGAAUUGAUGGAAUUGGCAAGACGACUCUUGCCAAGGCUGUAUACAAACGCAUCUCUUCUUGUUUCGACAGUUGUAGCUUUCUCGCAGAGGUCGAAGAAACCACACAAAAUCCUAGAGGUAUUCAGUUUUUGCAAAAUAAGUUGAUACGUGAUAUCCUUGAACAAGAUCGUGAAGAUCCUUCUUUUGAUGAAAGAAUAGAAGAUUUCCUGGAUGUAUUUCACAAAAUGAAAGUUCUAAUAGUCGUCGAUGACGUGGAAGAGCAAUCCCAUCUUCAUGCUAUUGUAGGAGACCGGCUUCAUUGGUUUGGUCUAGGUAGUCGAAUAAUUGUGACUUCCAAAACUAGUGGAAUUCUCAAAGGGUAUGAUCUCGAGAAGGCUCGUAACUACAUGGUUAGUGAGUUGGAUGAUGGUCAAGCUUUUGAACUUUUCUGCAAGCAUGCAUUCAGGAUGCAAUCUUCCAUACUCGAUUAUGUUGGAUUCUCAAAUCGCAUUGUCAAUGCUACAGAGAAACUACCAUUAGCAGUUGAAGUCGUUGGUUCAUUUUUGUGGGGUAAAUCAAUACAAGAAUGGGAAAAGAUGGAGAAGUCAAUGAAAGCACGUAUGAUGAGUUCUCAAAAGACUUCGGUAGGCCUUGAAGAGAUACUGGAUAUAUGUUACAAAGAAUUAGAUCAACAGCAAAAAGAUAUAUUUCUGGACAUAGCAUGUUUUAUCCCUGGUGUGGAUGCCCGAAUUGCUUCAUAUAUGUGGCCCAAUUGUUAUCCAUCUUCUGAUUGCAUUCUAAUGCCCCUGGCAAAAAUUGGAGAAAACAAUGAUUUGCAGAUGCACAGAUUGCUAAGAUGCCUUGGCAAAAGAAUUGUAAAUCAAGAGGGAUCUGGAGAUCCAAUUGGGAGAAAAUUUUACAUACAGGAUAUGGAGAAGGUAAAACCUUUUGGUUCAGUUUGUUAUCGGCAAAACAAACAUCUUGACAUAUGGGCUACAAUUUCUUUUUUUCCAUAUUUUCUCAAGGAAUCAUAUCAUGGAAUGGAAAACGUUGAAGCUCUCUCCUUUGACUUCACAGCUGGAGAUUUUCAGAGCAUGCCAGACAUAAGGUUUCUCAAGUUGGAUAAUGCAAAAGUUUCCGGAAAUUUUGCUGGUGCAUUUGCAAGUUUAAGGUGGCUCUGUUGGCAAAGGUGCCCUCUGAAAUUUGAUGCAUUUAAUUUUGUGUUGAGAGAGUUGGUCAUUCUUGAUCUGUCUUGGAGCAAAGUCACGGAAGACUGGGGAGGUUGGACUGAAAUCAAGAUGGAGAAAUUGAAAGUCUUGAAUCUUACCGGGUGUUCUGACUUACCGAUCACUCCCAACUUCUCUGGUUACAAAGAUUUGGAAAUCCUGAUUCUUGAACGAUGUUCUCGUUUGGUGAAGCUAGAUCCUUCGAUUGGCCAUUUGAAACGUUUAGUCUCCCUGAAUUUGAAGUUCUGCUCUCGAUUCUUCACGUUGCCAGAUGAACUAGGUUGUUUGACAGCUCUGAAAGAGCUUUUUAUAGACGGGACCUCUGUUCGGGAGAUCCCCAUCUCCAUAGGCAAUUUGAAGCAACUCGAAAUUCUCAGUGGCUUCAAGUGCUUCCCAUUGACUGACCUGCCCAGUUCAAUUUGUAACCUGACUGCUCUCACCGAACUCUCAUUAGAUGGUGCCAAAGUUUCUGAGCUCCCGAGCUCACUGGGGGAGCUGCUUAAGCUAAGACGCUUGUCAUUGAGGGAUUGCCGUUAUUUGGAGAAACUUCCAUAUUCUAUCGGUGAAAUGGGGUCAUUGGAGGAGUUGGAUAUAUCGGCGACUAGUAUCUCUGAACUCCCCAAUUCAAUAAGAAAUCUGAAAAGCUUGAGAGUGCUGAGAAUGGAUUCCUCUUUCAUUCGAGCAUUUCCUGGGGAGAUUGGGAAUCUAACCAAGCUCGAAGAACUAUAUGCUUCCUGGUGUCGGAGUUUGAAGGGGGCCAUUCCUGGUGAUAUCAAGGGACUACAUCGUCUGAGAUCAUUGACGCUGGGGCAUUCCAGUAUAUCUAGCCUACCCCCCGAAAUCUUCACCGUCUCUGGUCUUCACACCCUGGAUUUAAUUCAGUGCAAUGAAAUUGAAGACUUGCCGGAGCUUCCCCCUUCUCUAAUUUGUCUGCGUGUGAGUUCUAAAAGGAUGAAAGUGAUACCCCUUCUUGAAGAUUUGAAGGAAUUGGAGGAGCUGUGCCUAAGUGAUGGGGACCGACCUCCCUCAAAACAGCCGAUGCCAGAAUCCAAUGUAAAACAAAUGAUUGACAAACCAUCCUUCUCAAUAUGGUUUCCUAAACUGAGGAAACUAGAAUUGUCUCUUUCGCAAGUUAUCAAGCUGAAGUUUGAACCAACAGGUAUUCCUCAGCGGCCUAUUCUUCCUGGUUUGAGCCUUAAAGAAGUAUCUGAGCUUCCCAAGACGUUGUCAGUGGUCAAGCUCUACCAUUCUGCGAUAGAAAAGAUUGAAGGGCUUGAAAGGCUUAAAGCCCUGAAGAGGCUAGAUAUAUCAAACUGCAAAAUACAGAAUCUCAAUGGGAUUGGCUGGUUGACCUCACUGAGAAGUUUGAUUCUAUCCGACUGUGAUUACCUCGAUAGUUUACCUGAUCUUUCAAACUUGAAGUUGCUGACAGUUUUAGAGAUCAGACAAUGCAAAAUGAUUUAUCAUAUUGAAGGCCUAGAAGAACUAACAUCCUUGGAAAAGCUGAAUAUCAGUGAAUGUCCGGCUGAGAACUCGGUGCAAGCACAGAAUGCGUUGGAGCAUGUAAUGGCACGUUCAGUCAAAAGAUGGGGGAGUGGGGACUUCAUCAAACAAGGUGCGACGUCUUUGAAGCGUAUUUACAGAGAGGAGAUUCCUCUGGAUACAUCAAACAAGAGGAUGAAGAAAAUGGAAGUUGAAGCUGGAGAGCGAGCAGCAGACAUGGAAACCUCAGAUAGGAAUUAUGCAAUUGCUGCUGUUCAAAAUGUGGCUGGAAUUGAUGAUAGCGUAGAGGAAAUCACCAACUUACCGGAAAUGGAAGUCGAUGAUGAGAGCAUGGAGAAAAUAAAAGAUGAAGCUGGACAGCAACUAGUAGACAUGGAAACCUCAGAUAGGAAUUAUGCAAUUGCAGCUGUUCAGAAUGUAGUUGGAAUUGAUGAUCGUGCAAAACAAAUCACCGACUUACUGGAGAUGGAAGUCAAUGAUGAGGUGCGCAUUAUUGGAAUCUAUGGAACUGAUGGAAUUGGCAAGACGACUCUCGCCAAGGCUGUAUACAAACGCAUCUCUUCUUGUUUCGACAGUUGUAGCUUUCUCGCAGAGGUCGAAGAAACCACACAAAAUGCUAGUGGUAUUCAGUUUUUGCAAAAUAAGUUGAUACGUGAUAUCCUUGAACACGAUCGUGAAGAUCCUUCUUUUGACGAAAGAAUAGCAGAUUUCCUGGAUGUAUUUCGCGAAAUGAAAGUUCUAAUAGUUGUUGAUGACGUGGAAGAGCAAUCCCAUCUUCAUGCUAUUGUAGGAGACCAGCUUCAUUGGUUUGGUCCAGGUAGUCGAAUAAUUGUGACUUCCAAAAAUAAUGAAAUUCUCAAAGGGUAUGAUCUCGAGAAGGCUCGUAACUACAUGGUUAGUGAGUUGGAUGAUGGUCAAGCUUUUGAACUUUUCUGCAAGCAUGCAUUCGGGAUGCAAUUUUCCAUACCUGAUUAUGAUGGAUUCUCAAACCGCAUUGUCAAUGCUGCAGAGAAACUACCAUUAGCAGUUGAAGUCGCUGGUUCAUUUUUGCGGGGUAAAUCAAUACAAGAGUGGGAAAAGAUGGAGAAGUCAAUGAAAGCACGCAUGAUGAGUUCUCAAAAGACUACAGUUUGCCUUGAAGAGAUGCUGGAUAUAUGUUAUGAAGCAUUAGAUCCAAAGCAAAAACAUAUAUUUCUUGACAUAGCAGGUUUUAUCUCUGGUGUGGAUGCCCAAAUUGCUUCAUAUAUGUGGCCCAAUUGUUUAUCUCCAUCUUCUGGUUGCAUUCUGAUGCCAUUGGCAAAAAUUGGAGAAAACAAUGAAUUGCUGAUGCACAGAUUGCUAAGAUUUGUUGGCCAAAGAAUUUUAAAUCAAAAGGGCUCUGGAGAUCCAAUUCGGAGAAAAUUUUACAUACCAGAUAUGGUUCCUAAAGCAACGAGCAGGGAGAAGGGAAUGGAAAACGUUGAAGCUCCCUGCAUUGACCUAGAUGAUCAUGAUUCAUGCAAAUUCACCGCUGGAGAUUUUGAGAGCAUGCCAGACAAAACUUUUCUCAAGUUGGAUAAUGCAAAAGUUUUCGGAGAUUUUACAGGUGCAUUUCCAAGUGUAAAGUGGCUCAGUUGGCAAAGGUGUCCUCCCAAUUUUAGUGCAGAAAAUUUUGUAUUGAGAGAGUUGGUUAUUCUUGAUCUGUCUUGGAGCAAAGUAAGGGAAGACUGGGGAGGUUGGAGUGAAAUCAAGAUGGAGAAAUUGAAAGUCUUGAAUCUUACCGGAUGUUCUGACUUACUGAUCACUCCCAACUUUUCUGGUUACAAAUAUUUGGAAAUCCUGAUUCUUGAACAAUGUUCUCGUUUGGUGAAGCUAGAUCCUUCAAUUGGCCAUUUGAAACGUUUAGUUUCCCUGAAUUUGAAGUUCUGCUCUCAAUUAAACGGGUUGCCAGUGGAACUAGGUUGUCUGACAGCUCUGAAAGAGCUUUUUAUUGACGGGACUUCUGUAUGGCAGAUCCCCAUCUCCAUAGGCAAUUUGAAGCAACUCGAAAUUCUCAGUGGCUUAAAGUGCUUCUCAUUGACUCACCUGCCCAGUUCAAUUAGUUACCUGACUGCUCUCACCGAACUCUCAUUAGAUGGUGCCAAAGUUUCUGAGCUCCCGAGCUCACUGGGGGAGCUGCUUAAGCUAAGACGCUUGUCAUUGAGGGAUUGCCGUUAUUUGGAGAAACUUCCAUAUUCUAUCGGUGAAAUGGGGUCAUUGGAGGAGUUGGAUAUAUCGGCGACUAGUAUCUCUGAACUCCCCAAUUCAAUAAGAAAUCUGAAAAGCUUGAAAGUGCUGAGAAUGGAUUCUUCCUUCAUUCGAGCAUUUCCUAGGGAGAUUGGGAAUCUAAACAAGCUCGAAGAACUCUAUGCUUCCUGGUGUCGGAGUUUGAAGGGGGCCAUUCCCGGUGAUAUUGAGGGACUACAUCGUCUGAGAUCAUUGACGCUGGGGCAUUCCGGUAUAUCUAGCCUACCCCCUGAAAUCUCCACCAUCCCAGGUCUUCACACCCUGGAUUUAAUUCGGUGCAAUGAAAUUGAAGAGUUGCCAAAGCUUCCCCCUUCUCUAAUUUGUCUGCGUGUGAGUUCUAAAAGGAUGAAAGCGCUACCCAUUCUUAAAGGUUUGAAGGAAUUGGAGGAGCUGUGCCUAAGUGAUGGGGACCCGAAAGCACGCCGACCACCCUCUGUGAUAGAAGAGAUUGAAGGGCUUGAAGGGCUUAAAGCCCUGAAGAGGCUAGAAAUAUCAAACUGCAAAAUACGAAAUCUCAAUGGGAUUGGCCAGUUAACAUCACUGAGUAGUUUGAUUCUAUCUGACUGUGAUUGCCUCGAUAGUUUACCUGAUCUUUCAAACUUGAAGUCGCUGAAAGUUUUAGAGAUCAGACGAUGCAAAAUGAUCCAUCAAAUUGAAGGCCUAGAAGAACUAACAUCCUUGGAAAAUCUGAAAAUCAGUGAAUGUCCGGCUGAGAACUCGGAGCAAGUACAGAAUAAGUUGAAGGAUGUAAGGGCACGUUCUACGUUUACGUGAUGCUGGAUUCUCCUAAGUUUUAACAGAUACCUGUGCAUGGCAUCCACACUGUUAAGGGAAGACGGGGGAGCAGCCCGCGGAAAAACUUAAUGGAGAAACGGGAAGAAGCGAUGGGCAAAUUUAUUGGAGUCAAUUUCAAGUUUGACUCUAUUGAAGUCCCUUUACAGACAAGUCGAGGCCAACCAAAUCAACCGCCAUGAACAAAAAGCAGCCCCUCCAGGUGAUUACACCUGUCUCUUCCAAAAGGAAAGCCGUGCACCGGUUGAUUUCCUCCUCAAAUUUCAGAUGGCAAAAUCUUUAAGGGCUCAAGUAUUAUGCGACUUUCUGGCAGAUUGGUCACUGAGAAACUGGGUCACUUUUAUGUUUGGUCGCAGCAGAAAUGAAGACCCAUCUGGCUUCGGCACAAUCUGAGAGGCUACUAAGGUACCGAUGGAGUUCUCAUUUUUAUUUACCUAUGACGUUAUGCCUUUAGUUGAUUGGACAAAUUUUUAGUUAGCAUGUGUCUCCUCACUUCCAGAUGAAGUUUAUGAAUUCCCGUGCCAAAAUCAACGCUGUCAUAGGCUUAUCUGAAGGAAAAGGAUGUUUUGCAUCUUCUGACACGAGCGACAUCGUUAAUUUUUACAUUAAUUUUUCAUUA